CGGCCCGGCCCCGCCUGAGGCUGGCAUUCAGGGAGAAAGAAAGAUGUCCUUGCAACCAUUUACCUAUCCGUUGCCUGAAACAAGGUUUCUUCAUGCAGGCAGGCUUGUGUACAAAUUUAAAAUCCGGUAUGGCAACUUCAGCAGCGCUCCUGAUCUCGACAACACUGAAAGUGCUGUCAAGGAGUUAGAGGAAGCGAUUCGAGUAAUCCUUGGAAAUCUUGAUGAUUUACAUCCAUUUUCUACAGACCACUUCACUGUCUUUCCAUAUUUGAGUAAAUGGGAGAGAGUAUCGAAGAUGAGAUUCCAACAUGAGAAUGUCCAUCUUGUGCCUUAUCCCUACAUUUGCACUAUGUACCUAGAACUCAACUCGUUUCAGCAAAACGUGUCUGGUGGUAAAGAAGUAAACAAGGGCGGUGAUGAGCUUGUCAAGAGACAAAAUGAAGCGUCAGAAAGUACUGCAGUGGGAGAAGGGGUGAAGAGGAGAAGAGUGGAAGGCAGAGCAGACACCUCAUGCCCACAGUCGGGUGUGGACAGAACUGGAGCCGAGUGUGUUCGCCAUCAGAGUAAAGCAAAGCAUGGAUUUGAAACGAAUUCCUCCAAAGAAAAUGAGUGUGAGUUUAGUCCAGCAUCCCUUACCGUGGGCUGCAACCAAGUGAGUUUCUGGGGACCUGUGGAGUCUGAGCUUGAACAAAGAACAGCAACCGGUCAGGCUGAGGGUGCAAUGCAGCUACUGCAGCAAAUGGACCAAAUGGUAAACAAAGGGAACAUGGAGUCAGGAGGAAGAGGCCUCUCCAAGUUCUGGAGAAGCAUAAUCUUUUCGCCACUAAAGCAUCUUUUUGGUGGCAAGAAGUGACCUGGAUGUGCUAACAGUUGUGGAAAGGUAAACUUGUAGCAUUGUAUUGUUUCUUUUGUAACUCAGCUUUUCACAUUGCUUGUCUCAGCUAUUAGAUGCUUGAAGUGAAAAUCUACUUUGUUUCCAU